AUGUUAUCUGUGAUUGAUGCCUAUGCGAACAUCACGGAUAAUCUGAACCGACAUGCGCCCUCAGAUUCACCAUAUCCAUCAGGAGGGCACAUGCGCAGCCUCGUGCGAUCUGGCCCUGCCUAUCUCGCACUGAGAGCUGACAAUGAGAACUUCAAGACCUAUGGUAUGACUGCAGUUGGGAAGAACAUCACUCUUAGCGAUGGAGGAAAGCUGCUCCUCGAGCGUCUUCAAGAGGAAUCCGACCACCCCUUGUGGGUCCUCGCUUGGGGCGGAACCAACGUCCUCGCCCAAGUGCUAUAUAAGAUUCACGAUAGCUACUCCGUGACCGAAGCCGCUGACUUACGGUCUCGUAUUCGUGUCUACGCAAUCUCGGACCAGGAUGACACAGGUGCCUGGAUCCGUCAGCAAUUUCCAGAUAUAUUUUACAUCUCCUCCACCCACGGCUGGAACCAGUAUGGUCUUGCAGCAUGGAAUGCAAUCUCUGGAGAAGACUACUACGGCGAGGACAAGGGCGGCCCUGAUAACUCCAAAGUCACGCAUAAGUGGCUGCGCGAGAAUAUUCAAAUCGGAACAUUCGGCAAGGCUGCCUACCCGAGCUACGAGUACAUCAUGGAAGGAGAUACCCCGAGCUUCCUUUAUCUCAUUCAAAAUGGUCUCGGUGUCUCCGAGCAACCAGACUAUGGAUCCUGGGGUGGCCGAUACUCAAAAGUCAACCCGUCGACUAUUCUAAAUUUCAACCACUACAGCGAUGCCGCCGACCACGUCGUCGGUGAAAACAAUGCAACUUACAUUUCCAACCGUGCAACGGUCUGGCGGUGGAGAAAUGCCUUCCAGAAUGAUUUCGCCGCCCGUAUGCAGUGGUCUCUCCCGGCAAAUAUCAGCAAAGCAAACCACCACCCGGUGAUUUCGGUAAAUGGCACUGCGGAGCUUGCUCCCUUGAGAAUAAACGCAGCGGCCGGGUCAAGCCUUACGUUUGAUGCUGCAGCCACAUUGGAUCCCGAUGGCGAUGCUUUGAGCUUCAAAUGGUUCCAGUAUCGCGAGCCCGGGUCAACUAACUGGAAUGUGGCGGGUCAAGCACCUGGGUUCAAUGUCACCUUGGCUAAUGGUGGCAGGAAAGCACAGGUGCAGCUUCCUGUAGCUAGUGAGAGCUGUGCUGGAGAGGCUCUUACUGCCUCUGGCUGUUGGUUGCUACACUUGAUCUUGGAAGUGACCGAUAAUGGCUACCACCCUCUCACGAGCUAUCGUCGGAUUUUGAUUCAAACGACGAACACUACAGAGACUUCGUGA